AAACUGGCUCCUCGCCGCAACCGGACGCGGUCGGUAGAGUCCAGGUUGGGUCGGACCUGAACCCCUGCAAGCGGAACCGCCUCCCGCCCUCGCUCCUGCCGUCCGCCGGGAGCUGAGUCGCCGGCGGCGGCGGCUGACCGAGCGGGAGUUUCCUCUCAACGCUGAAUGGAGCUGAACUUUGGGCGGCCUGAGGAGCACGACCUACCGGGGACUGCUGCAUGCUGAGCGCCCUCCGAGACCCAGCGGCGCCUCCAGCUGUUUUGUUAGGGGUGCGGGGACCAGCUGCGCGCCGACACCAUGUUCCUGGCUACCCUGUACUUCGCCUUGCCGCUUCUGGACUUGCUGCUGUCGGUGGAAGUGAGCGGCGGGGACCGCCUGGACUGCGUGAAAGCCAGUGAUCAGUGCCUGAAGGAGCAGAGCUGCAGCAGCAAGUACCGCACACUGAGGCAGUGCGUGGCGGGCAAGGAGACCAACUUCAGCCUGGCGUCAGGUCUCGAGGCCAAGGAUGAGUGCCGCAGCGCCAUGGAGGCCCUGAAACAGAAGUCGUUGUACAACUGCCGCUGCAAGCGGGGUAUGAAGAAGGAGAAAAACUGCCUGCGCAUCUACUGGAGCAUGUAUCAGAGCCUGCAGGGAAAUGAUCUGCUUGAAGACUCCCCUUAUGAGCCAGUUAACAGCAGAUUGUCAGAUAUAUUCCGGGUUGUUCCUUUCAUAUCAGUGGAGCACAUCUCCAAAGUGAACAACUGCCUGGACGCAGCCAAGGCCUGCAACCUCGAUGACACUUGCAAGAAGUACCGGUCUGCGUACAUCACGCCGUGCACCACCAGCAUGUCCAACGAGGUGUGCAACCGCCGCAAGUGCCACAAGGCCCUGCGGCAGUUCUUUGACAAGGUCCCAGCCAAGCACAGCUAUGGGAUGCUCUUCUGCUCCUGCCGAGACAUCGCCUGCACCGAGCGGAGACGGCAGACCAUUGUGCCUGUGUGCUCCUACGAGGAGCGGGAGAAGCCCAACUGCUUGGAUUUGCAGGACUCCUGCAAGACGAAUUACAUCUGCAGAUCUCGCCUUGCCGAUUUCUUUACUAACUGCCAGCCGGAGUCCAGGUCAGCCAGCAGCUGUCUGAAGGAGAACUACGCUGACUGCCUCCUCGCCUAUUCGGGGCUGAUUGGUACGGUCAUGACCCCCAACUACAUCGACUCCAGCAGCCUCAGCGUGGCCCCGUGGUGCGACUGCAGCAACAGCGGCAAUGGCCUGGAGGAAUGUGGGAAAUUCUUGAACUUCUUCAAGGAUAAUACGUGUCUCAAAAAUGCAAUUCAGGCCUUUGGCAAUGGCUCUGAUGUGACCGUGUGGCAGCCAGCCGUCCCAGCACAGACCACCACUGCCACCACCACCACUGCCUUCCGGGUCAAGAGCAAGUCCCUGGGGCCAGCGGGGUCUGAGAACGAAAUCCCCACUCAUGUGUUACCACCAUGUGCGAACUUGCAGGCACAGAAGUUGAAAUCCAACGUUUCAGGCAGCACACACCUCUGCCUUUCUGAUCGUGAUUAUGAAAAGGACGGUCUGGCUGGUGCUUCCAGCCACAUAACCACAAGAUCGCUGGCUGCUCCUCCAAGCUGUGCACUGAGCCCGCUGCUGGGCCUGCUGCUGACCGCCCUAUUCUCUCUGUCUUUGGCAGAAGCAUCGUAGCUGCAUCUAAAGAAAGUAACAUGGACAUGUAAAAAGACAAAA